AGCAACACAUUUCCCCGUGAGGCGCAACAGCGAAGCUAAGGAAAAUGGAGAGUUAUAGGUGCUCUCUAGCUUGAUAUACACUAUACUCUCCGUUACACUAUAUUUACAUUAUUGUGUAGAUUUCAUUGGUCUUUUUGAGGUGUGUUCGGUUGACGACUGUCAAAAUGAACAAGCAGAUUUUGGUCGUAGUAGCGCUGAUUGGAGUGGCAGUGGCUUGGCAGUGUGUCAAGAGACAGACUAAUCCUAAUGGAUACCUCACCUCAGCCGAGGGCUGGGACCAUUGUGAUCAGAAUGGAUUGGCUUGCUGUUACUACAUCAAUGGUUCCGUCAUCAUUUUCUCUCACGGGUACAACAACGGUUCAUACAACCCCAACACUCACUGUGAAUACGUGAUAGAUCUCGACCCCGAGUGCGACAUCGUCGUCUGUGCUCAAUUCGACUUCAGUAUGGCCGGAGAUGACAUGAUCAGCAUCAGCUCUGUUGAAUCAAACAUCAAAUGGACGGGUGAGAAGCAACCCUUCAACUCCAAAGUGGAAGGUAACAAAGCUUCAGUACGAUUCUCCUCGUCAGCUAAUGAUCCCCCAGAGGGAAGCAAGUGGUCUCUGGGAAUUGUUUGUGUCCCUAAAACUGAGUAUAAGUCAGUCUGCGAAGUUUGCGACGAAAUCGCAGAUGCGCAGGUUGAUGGACCGAAUGGUGACAACAUUCUGAAAGGUUUAGACUAGAGAACGUCACACGAUAAUGGACAAAUUUUCAUGGACAUUUGAGGGCCAUGCUAGAACUGGACUAAAGUAGAUGUUUAUAAUCACGAGCUAUAUCUUGAAGUGAUGUUCAGAUUUGCUUUUAAAAUAUAUAAAUUUCGAUUUUAGUAACUAAAUAAAAAGAUAUGUGAAGUCAAUUGAUAUCUUAUAAUGAUAAUCAUUGAUUUGGAGGAUAAUUUUGAGUCCCCCACUUUUAGAUUUAGAUUUCACUUGUUUGCUUCGCACUUUAUUCCGUGUUCAAUUAUUUUAAUUAGUUUUGACCCAGGUUAACUAAAAAAUUGUUGAUUAAAA